CCAAUGGCAGGACAGACGGCUCUGCUGUAGCCAAUGAUAAACCGCUGUUGAGUGCGCACUCGUUUGGCUGACGACGACCAUGGAGCGGAGUAGUGUCCUCUUCGGCGUUUCAAACUUUUAGCGUUUAGUUUCAUUUCGGGCAGAACGGAGCGUUUCCCUGAGCUGGAAUGGGGGAGAUAGAGGGUUCAUACAGGGUCCUGCAGACCCCUGGCACAAGACUGGGAGCCCAGUUCAAUGCUGGGAUCAGCACUCUGGAGCCGGGCCAGAGUCUCAGUGGCAACAUGGUCAACAGGAGAAUAAGCCAAGGCAGAGGAAUACAGAUCCGUGUGCAGGGGCUGGACGACUCUCAGGAGUUCUUUGAUAUAGAACCAAAGGCUCUUGGACAGAUCAUUCUCUCUGAGGUUUUCCACAGAGGCAACCUCAUAGAGAGUGAUUACUUUGGCCUCGAGUUUCAGAACAUGCAGAUGAACUGGGUUUGGCUGGAACCCACAAAACCCAUUUCAAAACAAGUCAGAAGACCAGCAAAUACGCUUUUUAGACUGUCAGUGAAAUUCUUUCCCCCCGAUCCGGGUCAGCUGCAGGAGGAGUACACCCGGUAUUUAUUCUCCCUGCAAAUGAAAAGGGAUCUGAUGGAGGGCAGGUUGAUCUGCACAGAAAAUACUGGUGCCCUGCUGGCCUCUCACCUUGUCCAAUCGGAGAUCGGCGACUACGAUGACACAGCAGACAGGGAAUACCUGAGGAUAAACAAGCUGUUACCUUACCAAGAGAAAGUACAAGAACGGAUCAUGGAGCUCCAUCGCAGGCACCUGGGGCAGACUCCUGCUGAAUCAGACUUCCAGAUCCUGGAGAUCGCCCGUAAACUGGAAAUGUACGGCGUCCGCUUCCACCCAGCAGCUGAUCGCGAAGGCACCAAGAUCAACCUCUCUGUCGCUCACAUGGGCCUGCAGGUUUUUCAGGGCCACACAAAAAUAAAUACCUUCAAUUGGUCCAAGAUUCGCAAACUGAGCUUCAAAAGAAAACGUUUCCUGAUCAAGCUUCACCCAGAAGUCCAUGGCCCCCAUCAGGACACUCUUGAAUUUUUGAUGGGCAGUCGAGACCAGUGCAAAGUCUUCUGGAAGAUCUGCGUUGAGUACCACUCAUUCUUCCGACUGUUUGACCACCCACAGCCCAAAUCCAAAGCUGUCCUUUUCACUAGAGGCUCCUCUUUCAGAUACAGCGGAAGGACCCAGAAGCAGCUUGUGGAAUAUGUCAGGGAAAAUGGAGCAAAGCGGACCCCUUACCAGAGAAGGAACAGUAAAGUAAGAAUGUCGGCUCGAUCCCUCGCAACCGAUGUGCCAAAACAGAGCUUUUCAUUCAAUGACAGUCUCAGGUUCCCGGGCUCGUCUUCUUCCGCAGCCGUGACUUUCCAGUCAAUGCACAUCCCUAGCGUUUUCCCGCUAACAGAACGCCAGCCCCAGCCUUUGACCGCACUGAGUCAGUCUCCAGCACCUUCUCAGCAGCAGCAGCUUCAGUCCCCUCUGCAAGCCACCAGACCCCCCAGCCCUCCGAAGGAAGAGCCCAUCAAGCCUACUUCCCCGUCACCCUACGCUUUUCAAGAUUCAGUGGUGGACAGCCCUCAGCUCUCCCCCGUUGCCUCCAAAGGUCCCCUCUGCCUGUCGCCCUCCUUCCAGAUGUCGAACCUCAGCCUGCCGGGCCAGACCCCGUCGCCCCUGCAAAGCCCCAUCCUGAGCGAGGUGGGCAGCAAUGCCAGGCUAGAGGAGGAGGAGGAAGGCAGGAGGAAGCGAUAUCCCACCGAUAAGGCCUAUUUCAUUGCCAAAGAGAUUCUGACCACAGAGCGAACAUACCUGAAGGACCUCGAGGUCAUCACUGUGUGGUUCCGUAGUGCUGUGAUCAAAGAAAACGCCAUGCCCGAAGGCCUGAUGACCCUCCUGUUCUCCAACAUCGACCCCAUCUACGAGUUCCACCGAGGUUUCCUGAAGGAAUUGGACCAGAGACUGGCUCUCUGGGAGGGGCGUUCAAAUGCUCAUGUCAAAGGAGACUACCAGAGGAUUGGCGACGUGAUGCUGAAGAACAUGUGUGCCCUUAAGGAAUUCACCAGUUAUCUACAGAAACACGAUGAAGUGUUAACAGAGCUGGAGAAGGCCUCCAAGAGGCUGAAGAAGCUGGAGACGGUCUACAAAGAGUUUGAAUUGCAGAAGGUCUGCUACCUGCCCCUCAACACAUUCCUGCUCAAGCCCAUCCAGCGACUCAUGCACUACAAGCUAAUCCUGGAGAGACUGUGCAAGCAUUAUUCCCCUGCCCACCGCGAUUAUGACGACUGCAAGGAGGCUCUGAAGGAAGUGGCGGAGAUAGCCACUCAGCUUCAAAGCAGUCUUAUCCGGCUGGAGAAUUUCCAGAAGCUCACAGAGCUGCAGAGAGACCUGAUCGGCAUCGAGAACUUGACUGCACCAGGCAGGGAGUUCAUUCGAGAGGGGUGCUUGUACAAGCUCACCAAAAAGGGGCUACAGCAGAGGAUGUUUUUCCUGUUCUCUGACAUGCUCCUUUACACAAGCAAAGGUGUUACAGCAACCAAUCAGUUCAAAGUCCAUGGACAGCUGCCCCUUCAUGGCAUGAUAGUAGAAGAAAGUGAAAAUGAAUGGUCGGUGCCUCACUGCUUCACCAUUUACUCUGCUCAGAGGACCAUUGUGGUGGCUGCCAGCUCUAAAGUGGAGAUGGGAAAGUGGAUUGAGGAUCUGAACUUGGCUAUCGACAUGGCCAAGAAGUCUCAAGAGAAAUCCAGCAUCUUUCUUGACGCUGGACUCAGCGAUCGCUCCAACCGGUCGUCCGACGAGGUUUCUCUGGAGCAGGAGUCUGAGGAUGACAUGAACUCCUCCCGCACUUCACUGGACAAGCAGACGCACCACCGUGCCAACACAACCAUGCAUGUGUGCUGGCAUCGCAACACCAGUGUGUCUAUGUCUGACCACAGCCUGGCUGUGGAGAACCAGCUCUCGGGUUACCUCCUGAGGAAGUUCAAGAACAGUAACGGUUGGCAGAAACUCUGGGUCGUUUUCACCAACUUCUGCUUGUUCUUCUAUAAGACUCAUCAGGACGACUUCCCGCUGGCUAGCCUUCCACUGCUCGGCUACACGGUCAGCACGCCCGAGGAAUCGGACAGCAUUCACAAGGAGUACGUCUUCAAACUUCAGUUCAAGUCUCACGUAUACUUUUUCAGAGCAGAGAGCGAGUACACCUUUGAAAGAUGGAUGGAGGUGAUCAAAAGUGCAGCCAGCACUGCAGGCAGGAUGAGCCUCCUCAUACCUAAAGGAGGUCCCAUGGAGAUCAACGGAAACUGAAAUGAGCGUCGUGUAUCUGGAGGCUGGGCCUCUGGGGCAUCAGAGACUU